UGUUUUCGUUCGCUCAAGUGGCAGUUGGUUUUAUUUAUCAGCGGUUAAACUUCAAACUAAAUUUGGGCGCGCGUUUAAUACGCUACAAAUAGACAUUCCUACAUCGUGCACCAACAAAAUCGGGGAAGAGAUGUUUAUUGAGACGGAUAUUCUGAAAUUUGAAACAUAUGAGAUGGAUACAUUAGACUUAGAGAUAUAUGAAAAAGAACGGCAGGGCAAGAGGUACCAAUACCCCUUCGUUCUGGCGGACAGCGUGUGGUACUACAAGAAUGAUGCCACCCAGAUCUCCGAGGGGUCUAUUGACGUCUUUGGAAAAGCCAAUGGGCCUCCCUUCUGCGCUGACUUUGCAGCCACACCAGCUCCCAUCCAAAUCAAUAGCUUAAAGGUCGCUAAUGUCCCCAGCAAUUCUAAAGCUGAAAUCAAAAAUUAUGUUAGCAUUAGCUUCACGCUUCAGCAAUCUGCUUCGACAACACCGACAUCCAGCACCACCCAGAAGCCAUUGAGCAUCAAUGUGCCCAGGAACACAAAAUCCCUUUUGAAUUUGAAAAUGCUAGAGACUGUGAGCAAUAGUACCAGCGCUAUAAAUACCAUCACCGAAGCGGAAAUUGUAGGCGAUAUAAACUAUUCUGAAGAUAAAAACACCACCUAUUUCCCUCUGUCGAACUCCCCGAGCAGUAGCAGCUACUCAUCCAUAUGUAGCGUUCCAGCCACUAAAUCCGACUCGCCCAAUACCUCCCAGCAGAGCAACCCACCAACUAGCAAAUCUAACGGCAACCAAAAACGAAGCAGUUCUCUCCAGAAAAAGAAAUUGAGCAACCAGAAACGCGGACGUCCUCCUAAGAAACAUGCUGACGAACCCGAUCUCGAACUCAUGAAGCGCAUGAACGAAAAUGAGAGAAGUGCCUACGGUAAAAGGUUGGCUAAUAACGAGGCCAGCCGUAUCUCGCGCCGGAAGAUAAGAAAUCGCCAGGAGGAGGAAAAGAUAAUAGAGUUGGAUCUUGUGGCCGAAAAUAUUCGUCUGCGCUCUUGGGCCCUUGAAGUGGCAUCCCAUGAACGCAAGUUAAAAGACUUCCUGAUUAAGAAAACGGCAAGCUCCUUCAGGCAGGAGCAGCAUUGAAAUUCUCAUAAAUGUUAUAUGUUGACUGUCGCCCAUGGCUGUUGUUUAUUUACCUAAGCUCCCCCUAAAAUGCAAAAGGCUGAAAAUUUAUGACUCCCAUAAAUUAUUUUUAGUAAAAGUUGUUGUAAUCAACACUACAAUAUGUAACUCAUAAAUACAGUUUUUGAAGUCCAAUUGUUCGUUAUGUUUUCAACAGUUCAUAAUUUUUGAAGCAAUCCAUGCGCAUCUGAACACAGAACCCUAAACAUGGAUCAAUGAUUUCAGAGACGUUAUGGUUUCGUCCAUUGCUAUUAAACCAUAUAGAACCGGUUUGGGUAAGUUUACUUUUGCAAUCACACCUUUCAGUGACGCUCAAUAUCGUCACGAGAGAGAGAGAGAGAUUUUUAUGUGCUGAACUUGCAACAGACUCGGGGACAUCACACCUCUAAACCUGUAAAAUAAAGAAUGUGCUCUAACGGAUCUGUCUUAUGCACACUAAUGAAAGCUAUGAACUCAGCAUCAAUAUAGAAAUGAAGUAAACGAUCAACAUAAACACAGUCUGAGAGACAAAACAUGCUUUCCUAAAGAAGAAAGUUGAUUAAAAACAAGAAGAAACGCUAUAGUCGAGUGCCACGACUAUAAGAUACCCUUUACUGUUUUACACAAUUUUAAAAUAUUCGUUUUGCUAGUGGAAAUUUAUAAAGCGCCACCUAUCGUCAGAGAAAGCAUGUCACUGUAAACUUGCGCUGCGUAUGGUCCUUAAGAAUCUCAACUUUGGAUCUCUUAUAGUUACAGAGACCUCAGCGUUCAUAAGGACGGUCGGACAGGCGGACAUGGCUCAAUCGCCUUCGCUGUUAAUCCUGAUCAAAAAUAAAUAUACUUUAUAGGGUCUGAAACGCCUUCUUCUAUCUGUUACAUACUUUUCAACGAAUCUAAAAUAUGCAUCAAAAAAAUAGUCAUCAAAAUAUGUCUCUCCCAUCUUAUUUACCAAUCCACUUCAUACUGAAAUUUCGCAGAAACCCAGAAAUUCGAGCUUAAUAAAGCUCUGUUAAAAAACAGUCAAGUUCAACCUAAAGCGAACUUUAUACUUCGACGA